AUGGGGGAAGUCAAUUCGACAAUGGGGCAAGCCAAGGUUGCAAAAGCCAUGUUUGAAGCUAAAUACUACAGGGGCUCAGUCUUGGAAGUUACAGACUGGGAGCCCAAGAGCAUGAAGAUCCCAAAACUCGAACAGAUUACUCUCAAGCAGAUUAAGCUAGGCUCAUUCAACGGCGCCAUCGUCUUCGUCGUGUCCACCGAUUGCUCAAGCGACGUCGAGGCCAUCUGCAAAAUCUACGACGACAUGCUCUCCCCAAGCACGCUGCGCUGCUCAACUGGCGACGGCAGAAACAGCCUUGGCCAAAGACUAAUUACCGGGGCGUACGCGUUUAAGGAGGAGAAGCCAGUAUACGAGAGACUCCGCUCUAAGCCGGAGAUUAUCCAGGGCAUCACCCCAGAAUACUACGGCCACGGAAAGAUCAAGACAGGCAGCGGCGAUGAGUGGUCUAUAAUUCUCAUCGAGCACGUCUGCGGAAAAACGCUCGACCAAGUUGACCCAGCUAAGCUCGAGCGGGAUCAGCGCCGGGUAAUUAUGCGUAAGCUGAUCGAGGCUGACAGCGACAUCAUGUACUACGGUCGUGUGGUCCAUAAAGACCUCGCGCCGCGCAACGUUAUUGUUGAGACUAGGACAGUACACAGCGGCGGGAACGAGACUGAGGAGAUCCCCGAAGACCCGCGCGUCUGCCUAAUCGACUUCGUGAACUCAGUAUUCCUCGAAAAGGCCAAGAAUGGGCGCUUGUGGAACCCGAUAUUCCGGUGGUCGUGGAAGUGGGAGGAGUGGGCCGCCGAUGAAUCCGGUGCCGGGGGGUGGCUAGAUAGGGACGAUGCCGAGAAUUGGAUGUGGGAGGAGUGGGGGAAGGGGAAACCGGAGAAGGGCUAUCGGGCGGUGGAGAAGGACGACGUAAUAAAAGUGUGUGGAUCUCUGUAG